CUGACUGGAGGCCCUCCCCCAUCAUUCAUCACGUCUGUGGUGCCGAAUCAGUCACCGACAGGGGCGGAUCCCUCUGGCUUCAGCCAGCCUCUCUUCAACUUGGCAGGAACCGAAGGUCUCGUAGCAUCGUCGAUUACUACAGAGCUUGUGUUCACAGAUGCUUUGGCUGCUACCAGAACCUUGACACAAACACUCAGCGCUUUCGUUGCGACUCCUAAUGGCACCCGUCCUGGAACAGUGUUCAUCAUACAGGCGCCGACGAACCUUCCAACGCAGAACUCCGGCGCGACUAGCCCUGCCGAAGACCCUGUAUUACCGGCAUCUUUCAACCCAGUCAGUCCUCAGACUGCCACGCCAGUGAUCAACGCGCCUGGAGGGAACGCUUUCGGAACUGCUUCGGGUGGAGCUGCUCUUCCGAACAGUAUUGCUAACCCGGGCAACUCCGCCCCAAGCAAUCCGGUCCCAAGCAAUUCAAACCCAGUUAACCCAGACCCGGCCAACCCAGACCCGGCCAUCUUGGGCCCAAGCAACGGUCCGAACCGAGAUAACCCGAACCCGAACCCAAGCAACGGAGGCGACUCUCCAUCUGCAAACGUUGGAGUUGGCCCCGCACCAAACCCCACCGGACCCGGGGGAGAUGGGUCGACUGGACCUGGUGUGGGAGAUAUCCAGCCAGGACUUUACGUCACGUCUACGGUUCAAUACACGGGAGCAUUAGAACUGCCUGGACCUGUUACUGUGUUUUCUUCACCUCCUGAAGGGACCGUUCCUGGCACUAUCGUGAUAGCUGUGCCGCCUACGCAAGCCUUAGGGGGUGGAUCUGCUGCCCCUUCGAACGCAGCUCCAGGGCAAGACGGUUCGCCUGAACCGGCUCUGACAAUUGCUCCAGCUUCUUUAGGAUCACCAGCCGCAGCACCAAGUGAUGGUAUCGCCGCCGGUGACUCCAUCCUCCCAGGUGCUGGUUUGCCAGUCGAUAACUCAGCUGGACCAGCACCAACACCGGCGUCGCCAGACGAAGGACAAGGAGGUGCCGGUGGUUUACCGGCAACACCGUACAUUACCUCAACCGUCACAUCUGACGGGCUACAAUUCGCAAGAAUUACGAUUGCUACCAUUCCUCCGCGGCCGGAGAACGCUCAACCAGGCGUUUUCGUAGUGGCAGUUCCGAAUACCCAGAGAGGCCCCAACAACAGCGGUGGCUCAGUGACUGCUCCGAAUGGAGCUGGAAGUGUGGCCCCGGGCGCAAUCGCUAGCCCUGCUGGAACUCAGUCUUUUGCCGAUCCGGUAUUGCCAGCUUCUAUCGCGCCCUCUGCUCCCGGAGUAGCUCCCGGAGUGCCCGGAGCAUCAGCCCCCGCUGCUCCGGGCAACACGCCGAUAUCGCAGAAUGGCUCGCCCAGUCAACCCGCACCUCAAGGAGACCCCAAUUCGCCUCAGGAAUCGAUACUACCCAACAUUGGACAGACUCAGCCACCCUCGCCGGGAGGAAGCGCAGCAGCAUCACAGGAUGGAUCGCUGGGCCAACCUACUCCUCAAGGAGACCCGAAUUCACCUCAAAACUCGGUACUGCCCAAUAUUGGACAGAGUCAGCCGGUUUCUGGCGUGCCAAUCCAGACUGGAGACGCCCAAUCCCCAGGACAGUCACCCGCGCCUCAGAAUGGCUCACCAAAUGAACCCACUCAGGGAGACUCGAACCAGCCUCAAGACUCGGUACUACCAAACAUCGGACAGACUCAACCGGGCCCUGGCGUUCCAGCCCAAACUGGGGCACCGGGACAAUCACCGGCUAGUCAAGCCGUGACGGGCGCUCCAGUUGGAAAUGCUAUUCCUACUCCAGCAGAUCCCCUGGCCCAGUCGUUUGUGACCUCGCCGGUUUUCUCCCCUGGAAUAUCAUCUCCAGUGUUCAUUUCGACAAUCAUUCCAACUGAUGGUGCUUUACCAACCCUGAUCCUGGCCCUUCCUGGUGUAUUCGUUACUUCGACCACCUCAUUGUCCGCCAUCAAUCCAACAAGACAGCCGUUCCCUUUUACAACAAUUGAGCCUGUCGGAUCGGCUCCUGGUACCAUUUUGUUUGCUGCCCCGGUCUCUUUUGCCACGUCAAGAGUGCUCUACACUGGGCAAGCUCCUCUCACAACACCGACGCCGAUUGCAACCCUUUUCCCUACAGCGGGAGGAGCGGCUCCAACCAUUGUCUUCUUAGACCCUCUUUCGUACGUCAGCUCAACCUCGACGGAUCCUGCAGACGGCACCGGUGUAAGGGGCACGGGUCCACCAGUCCCAGUAACGACGAUAUUCCCAACUCGUUCUGGUGACCCAGCUACGAUUGUCUUCCAGCAGCCGUUGGCUUCGACUCCAGCAGGCAGUUCUUUCGUUACUUCGGUUCUUGGUGGAGACAACGCUCUCCCCACGGACGGACUUGUGCCUUUGUUCACUAUACCUGCAGAAGGAAGUCUUCCAGGGACUGUAGUAUUGGGCAGCCCACCAUUCGGGUCUCAGAGCAGCCCAACGCCCGAUAUAUUGGAAAACUCCUUCGCCGGUAGUCAAGCGGCAUCGACGCCAGCUGCCUCGGUGAUCGGACAGAGUAGCUUGGGUCCUGGGUCCCCGGCAUCUCUACCGGCAACGGAGGCAACCAUCCCACAACCCUCUGUCGACCCUGCGAACAAUGGACCUGCACCGCAGGCAUCUAACGGCGGUGCUUCUCCCUCUGCAGCAGGUCCGCCUACAAUUUUGGACCAACUUACUCCAUCAGACGCAGCUAUCACGCAGACUCCAGGCCCCGGGACGUCCUUCGUUGACUUCUCCGGAAGCGGUGUUCUGACAGCGCCGUCCACUAUCACGACGAUAGCUGGCUCAGGCACCAAUCCUGGUCUCGUCAUUGUAGCCACACCUGCGCUGCCGAGGACUCUAGAGGUAGAUUACACGGGUACAAGCAUUCUAGACGCCCCUAUCACCCUCACGACCAUUCCUCAAGUCGGUACGACUCCCGCGACGGUUAUCAUCGAAAGACCUAGGCCUGUGACGACCAUACAAGUGCCGUACUCGGGAACUCUGUCCCUCACAGCCCCAACGCCUAUUUCAACAAUAGUCCCACAGAAUAUCGCAGAUCCCAUCACCGUCGUGGUCGCACUUCCAGCCUUGCUAUCACCUUCAGCGGGCCAAAGCGCUGGUGGAGGCCCUCAGGCAUCGCCAUCUCCGAUCGCCCCCAUUUCUAGUUCCGGCGCUGUUCAACCAGAAACGUCACAAGGAGCUUCACAGCCGGCUGUAUCAGUUUCUGGAACAGUUCCGCAGCCCAGUGAGUCUGUACUGGAGCAAUCACUGCCCAACUCCCCAGGAUCCACCGCGGCCAGUACGCAGGUGUCCGGUUCUCCUCCUACCGAGGCUCCGAGUUCUGUGGUCAACCCAACUAUCGCGGAAGCAGUCUUCGUCACGGCGACGGUGCCGUACAUUCCUACAGGAAACGAAAUCAUCACGGGACCGAUCGUAUUGUCCACAAUCCAGCCCAGUAGUACGUUCCCAGGCACCGUGGUUGUUGGAACCCCCAUUCUUUCGGGGCUUUCAACCCAGGUUCCUACGGCAUCAAGCCCGCCCAUCCUAGGAAACCCUUCUGGUCCUCUUAUUGAUGUUUUCAUCACCAUUACUAUUCCUGUUGCUGGUUUGUUGCUUCCUGCGACGUCUACAAUCUUCCCAACGGCCCCGAACACUAUCGGGACAGUGGUCAUCGAGACUCCUGCGCCAUCAAUUCAGCCGACUGUAGGAAAUUCUCCUGGUCCUCUCAUUGAUGUCUUCGUCACGAUUACAAUUCCUGUCCUUGGGCUGUUGCUUCCCGCGACAUCUACCAUCUUCCCAACGGCCCCGAACACGAUUGGUACGGUGGUCGUUGAGACUCCAGCGCCAUCGAGCCAGCCGACUCUUGGGAACCCUCCUGGCCCUCUUAUCGAUAUCUUCAUCACGAUUACGGUUCCUGUCUUUGGGCUGUUGCUUCCCGCGACAUCUACCAUCUUCCCGACUGCUCCUAACACUAUCGGGACGGUAGUCAUCGAGACUCCAGCUUCUCAGACUUCGUUCGUCACGACCACCGUGUUGUUCAGUCCAACGGGUAGCGGACAGAUCACAGGACCGACUCCGCUUACCACCAUUUCGCCGUCUCAAGGUCUACCUGGUACGGUGGUGGUUGGUGUUCCAGAGUCUCAGGCCUAUGUGACAACUACCGUCCCGUUCAGCCCUACGGGAAGCCAGCAAAUCACGGGACCAACUCCUCUUACAACCAUUGCGCCAUCCCAAGGAGUACCCGGUACUGUCAUCAUUGGUGUCCCCGAGUCUCAGGCCUAUGUCACAACCACGGUUUUGUUCAGUCCUACAGGAAGUCAACAGAUCACGGGGCCAACUCCCCUGACAACUAUUGCUCCAUCCCUAGGAUUGCCCGGUACUGUGGUGAUUGGCGUUCCAGAGUCUCAAGCAUUCGUGACGACUACGGUAUUAUUCAGUCCUACGGGAGGCCAACAGGUCACGGGGCCAACUCCCCUGACAACUAUUGCUCCAUCCCUAGGCUUGCCUGGUACUGUAGUAAUUGGCGUUCCAGAGUCUCAAGCAUUCGUCACGACUACCGUAUUAUUCACCCCAACAGGAGGUCAACAGAUCACGGGGCCAACUCCCCUGACGACGAUUCCACCAUCUCAAGGCGUACCUGGAACUGUGGUGAUUGGUGUGACGGAAUCUCAGCUUCUUUCUGUACCAGUAUCAUCUCCCGUUCUAGACGCUUCGUACGUCAGCACGACAUCUCUCGUUUCAGGGACGGCUUUCGAUCAGCUUACUACCCCGAUCCCAAUCACAACGAUAUUGCCUAGCAAUGGUCAACCCGGAACCAUCGUCUUCAUUGAAAGGCCGUCAAUCUCAGCGGCACCGACCGUUUCGUCACCUAUCCUAGAGGCUUCAUACGUCAGCACGACAUCCCUUGUCUCAGGCACGGCGUUCAAUCAGCUUACUAGCCCGAUUCCGAUCACGACGAUUUUACCUAGUAAUGGCCAGCCUGGGACCAUCGUCUUCAUCGAAAGACCCCCGACGUCAGCGGUGCCGACUUCUUCGUCGCCCAUUCUGGAAGCCUCAUACAUUAGCACCACAUCUCUCGUUUCGGGCACGGCCUUUGACCAGCUAACUAGCCCGAUUCCAAUCACAACAAUUUUGCCUAGCAAUGGCCAGCCGGGAACCAUUGUUUUCAUCGAAAGACCUCAGACAUCAGUGGUGUCGACUGUAGCAACCUCAUCCCUAGAAUCUGAGGUCACGACGAGUUCAAUCCCGGCAGUCAGCGGACAGACUUCGAUCACCUCUUCUCAAUCGGACGCAAACAGCCAAUUGUCUACAUCUUCUGCUCCGACCGUUGAAAAUGCAAGCCAGAAUUCUGGAACACAGACUCCAUCGGAAACCUCCUUGGCUACAGGCCCUGCUAUUUCUUCAACCGCAGGUGAAUCAUCAUCGGUGUCUGGGUCCACUUUUGCCGCAUCCGAGUCCAGCUCCGUUCCGGGGUCCUUUACUUCCGGGACCGGGCUUUCCUCCGGCCCCGGCAGCGCCGACUUCUCUUCCAGUACUCAACCGACGGCGUCUUCCAUUCCGGCCGACUCAUUGAGCAUUACCGAGACGCCGGCAACGGCAACCCAAACAGGUGCUUCUCAGUCUAAUUCAAUUCUUCCUGGAUCCUACGUCACAUCAGAGAUUCUCUACUCACCGACCGGAACCGAGCAAAUUACCGCCCCUACUACCUUGUCCACCAUUCUCCCUAGCGGUCAAGUUCCCGGAACGAUCAUCGUGGGACUUCCGGCUCUUUUCAACACCAUAAGCGUUCCUUACAGUGGAGUCGGUCAAAUCACGCAGCCCAUCACAUUGACCACAAUCUUCCCUACAGGCACUGGUCUUCUGGGGACCGUGGUGGUGGCUACUCCCGCCAGCUCCUUUGUGACGUCUACUGAAGCUUCGUCGACGACUAGCGCCGACGAGUCUGUCUCUCAGACAAGCGGCGACGCUUCUUCGACGUCUAUCGCCGACGAAUCUCUCUCGCAGACCAGCACCGAUGCUUCUUUGACCACUACCACGGAUGAGUCUCUCUCCCAAACGAGUAGCGACGCUUCAGCUACCAUCACUUCGUCUGGUGACCUAGACUUGUCGACAGAGUUGACAUCCUCUGCAACUACGGGAAGUACCCAGAGCGACGAGACGUCUACCGGGGCAUUUGAAGCCACAUUGCUUCCUUCAAGUACGACCACCGGUGAUGCAACCUCCAGCUCUGAGGAAGUUCCCUCUUCUACAGGCACCCCAGUGUCAACUGAGUCAGGCUUGUCGACAGAUUCGACAUCGUCUGUAGGUACUAGCGCUAGUCAAGAGGAGACAUCGACGGGAGCUUUGGAAGCUACUCUGCUUCCUUCAAGCAGUGACACCGUUGACACCACCAGCGUCCAGGAAGCUUCCUCUUCUACAGAAGCCUCAGUGACAACUGAGCCAACGUCUUCAGCACUCGAUGAGACCACGCAAGCCAGCCUAACACAGAGCUCUACCGCUGAGACUCAGUCGACCAGCAGUGACAGCCUAUCUUUGGAGCCUACAUCUUCUGUAGACGAUCCGUCUACCUCAAGUAGCAUUUCUCUUGAGACGGAAACUGCCUCUUUGACAAGCAGUGUCAGUAUCGAUGACGAUUUCCUCACUCAAACGAGCUCGACCGAAGGCCUGACAUCCUCUGAAACUUCUCUAUCGGAUUCUACACUGACUUCGGCUCCGAGCACCACGGCCCCUGAGUCAACAUCGCAAUCUAGUUCAGCGUUGGAUGACAUUCUGUCUUCAGACAGUAGCUCUGGGGCAACGUCUUCAACAUCUGAAUCAAUCUCCAACCCCACGGCGGCAUCUUCCUCUUCGACCGAGUCUCUUGACGAUAUCAUCUCAUCUACUACCGGAACUCCAGGAGAUUCGACGUCACAGAGUAGCUCUGUGUCCGCAAGUGGUUCUCUUACCUCUGAUGGAAGCUCUUCCUCGGCUACCACGUCCGAAUCUGAUAGCACGCCUUCCAGUACUCAGGACAACGGCGUGUCAUCUACGACAGGAGAAUCAUCGGAAACUACUCUUCUUGGCUCGACGUCUUCACCGACGGCUACCUUGCCGAUUGAGACCGACGUCUUACAGAGCAGUAGCUCGUCGACAGUUGGCAUCGAGACAUCGGAGAGCUCGAGCACACCAGGUAGCACAGAAGCAAUCAGCACGGGAGAUCUUAGCUCGUCAACAACUGAUGGAGUCAUUACUUCUACGGGAGUCAGCACACCAGCUUCCGCCACGGCAUCGCUUACCUCGGAGCGAAGCAGCACUUCCCAAACAGAUGGCGCGAGCACGCAGCCCUCCAUUCUGUUUGACACCAUCGAGAUCCCUUACACCGGUUCAGACAUUGGCUUUGAUCCUAUUCCCAUUACCACAUUCUUGCCGACCGGAACUGGCUCGCGUGGAACGGUCGUGGUGGGCACACGAGCCGCGUUGUUCGUCACAACCACCAUCGGGUACAUUGUGGACGAUGAGACCUCAGCUGCAAGCUUUAUCACGAUCUCUACAAUUCCCCCGAGAGGUACAAAUCCCGGAACUCUUGUGGUGGGAACUGCCAUCUUUAGAGCGCGGUACAUCACAACCACUGUUCGGUUCAACCCGACGCUGACAGGUACUGAGAGACCUGAGGCCACUACUUUUACCACGCUUGCACCUUCAGGAGCCUCACAAGGAGUGGUAGUAGUGGUAGAGCCAGACUUCAUUGAGUCCACUACCAGCGAUGCCUUGCCGAGCGCAACAGAGUCCGUCGACAGUCAAAUCAGCAGCAGCGGCUUGACAACGGCUGCGUCAACAACCAGCGAAAGCCUGAGCUACGACAUCGGGUGGCACGGCUUCAGCCAGUGUUACAAGCUCCUCCACUGCCGCAGAGCUGACUUCCGAUUCGGAAUCGACAUCAGCAACUUCGACCGGCCCGGCGACUUCGGACGCACAGACCACCGGCCCCACAUCAUCGCCGAUCAGCACCGAAGAUGA